CAAUGGUAUAAGCAGUACAUCUCCAACGAUUGACGAAUCAGAAAACUGCAAGAAACAAAAACCCUUGAGCUUCUCUAAUACGGUCUCAGUCUGGACGAGAAUAUAUUUUCUUUGGUAUACUGUUGGUGGUGGUAGGCGUCUAUUAUCUGUUUGCCUGUGAACUAUUAACAAGAUGCAGUUAAGUUUUCUCUUUUGUACUUUUGUGUACUUUAUUGCGAUUGGAUUUACCUACUCCACGGCAAGUAUACAAAUUAUGAAGGAUGAUGUUUCUAAGAGGCCACACAAUGGGACAGAUUUGAAGAGGUUUCUAAAAAAUCGAAACCGGGCGGAGAAACUUGCAUGUCGUGGUGUUGACUGCAGUUCCGGGAGACAAUGUGCUCUUGAUGAUGCUGGGCAGGUCACAUGCAUUUGCAUUAAGAAAUGUUCCAAGAAUGAUCGUCCAAUUUGUGCAAGUAAUGGACAGACAUUCCGCAACAAAUGUGAGAUGCAUCGUCACGCAUGCAUUGCUGGGAUACAGCUGUCAAAGAACCAUAGCAAACCCUGCCUCGAGCCUGAAUCUCAUCAACUGAUUACCAAAAAGAAAAUCCGACCAAUCGUAUGCUAUGAGAACGAUCGUGACACCAUUCAUGAGAAAAUUGUAGAAUGGAUUGAUUCUUUAACGGUUGAAACUGCCAAAAACAAGUUCCAAAUAAUCCAAGACAAAUUCAUGACGUUUGAUUCUGAUUUUGACGGGACACUGAACUCAGCGGAAUUUCAAACAUUCAUAGAAAGUAAUGAGGCUGUUAGCGUCAUCACAAACAUUACUGACCCUGAGGAACAGGAUGCAUAUUUAAUAAGAGGAAUAUGUGUAGAUGCACUGAUAGAGAGUGCUGAUGUUACCCAAGACUGGAAACUGAACCUCGGGGAACUGUCAUCAUGCCUGGACAAAGACUUCUCCCCACUCAAAAGAAAGUGUUCUUUGGAUGAUAAAGAAUAUGAUGAUGGUAAUGCCGUAAAGAAAAUGUGUAACGUAUGUGUGUGUGGUUGCGGAAACUGGGUAUGCACUGCCCAUAUAUGUGAUGAGUCGAAGCACAAGAUAGGUGAGGCUGAAGCUGGUGGCAUCAACGAAGAUGAUUUGGUGAUGACGCAGACAGAAUGGGAAGCCAAACUCAAACAACUGGCAGAAGGUGCUGUUGAGAUUGGUGAAUGACAAGCCCUGCAACUGGAGACCUCCUCUCUGGCUUAUUUGGAGGUGAGGGUGAUGCUGAGAACGGAGAUAAAACAGACUUAUUUGGAAAGCUAUAUGGUACACUGGACUUGGUUAAAGAAACAUCUAAAAGUGUAAACACAAAAUUUGGAGACUAUAUAUGUCAAGCAACUAGGUUAGAGAAAAUAGUUUAGUUACUAUCAAACAAGUUUAUACUUUAGUUUAAUACUAUUAUCUAGCUAGGUUAGUGCUAAAUAGGUUAAUUCAUUUUAGUUACUAUUAACUACUUACUUAUGGACAGCAUAAUGCAUCUGUCUGGUUUUAAAGAAAGAAACUUUCAAAUCCUUUGGUCCUGAACUGCAAUCUCAUCCUCGGUCCUACAGUACACCCAAGUCUGUGUAGAUCCUGCAUGAUGGCAUUCUUAAUUGUAGCUUUAAGUUUUCCUGAUCUGUGUUUUCCAUGUGUGGGCUUCCAGCUACACAUUCUGGGUAUACUAUCAACUAACUAGAGUAAACUAAGUUGGUUACAUCACUUUAAAGUGUUUGAAAGCUCACAAAAGUUAGUAAGUUUCAACCAUUAACAUGGUUUACAUGACAAAGAACAUUUUAUCCAAAUAAUUUCCAGGAACCAGAUGAAUUUCUAUCAUUAUUAUACUGUUAGCUAACUAGGUUAGAAAAAGUAGUUCAAUGUUCACUGUAUGUGUGCCCCUUCCCCAUUAACAAUACAUGAAUUAUUGUAUUGCACAAGAGCAGAGAUUUGCUGUAUACUUCGAUACUUGCAUGCACGAGAUGCGCCGACAUGUUUCAUUCAUUAAGACUGUCUGAUGUACUGUAUAUUUUUUUAGCAUUAUAUUUAUGAAUUCAGGAUUGCAGGAGGUUUAUUCUGCUACAUAAUUACAUCAUUUUGCCUGGAGGAUUGUAUAUAACAAUAAGGCCACAUUAGUGCUUUGCAGCAAUGCCUUAACCUAUCAAUUAUGCAUCACAGACCUGCCAAGCCUAGCUCUGAGAUGUGUUUAUAGGGUGGAUUACAUUACAUUUACCUAUUAUUUACUGUGAUUAUGUUGUGAACAAUAACAUUUGUCUUCCAUCAUCAUUACAUUCCUACAGUAUAUAUAUUGAAUAUUAAAAAAAGACCUUUCAUCAUUGAUAGGCCUACUUAAUGUGAUACAUGUUUCUUAACAUGAUUAAUGUUUCUGUAAAACUUAUUAUUACGUUGAAUUGCAUGAUGUUACUUCAUAUGGUCUCUUAUAUCAUGUUAUUACAUAAUAUAACAUAUUAUUAUGUUAUAUUAUUAAAGAUCCAACUGCUUUUUUUUUUUGGCUCAGCUUAGCUUAGUAGUUCUCUGAAUAUCCCAUUCAUAUGAGAAGUACUGUAAUGUUAUUCUGCAAUGUGAUGCAAAACAGGUUUAAAAUCUGCAUCUGUUACAUUCAGCACAAACGCCUGCUGAGGCUAUCCCAUGCAGUGUGUGAGCAUCGGGUUGUCUGCAAUAUAUAUUUGGGUAAUUCCAUGUAAAACAGGACAUGAACAUAGAAAAUUCAAAAUGAUUUUUGAAAAAUAAAUUAUAUAUGACUACUGUAUAGUACAUGAGUUGAAGUUUCUGAAAAUAUAUUGUGCUUGAAAGUAGAUGGCCAUUUUGUUUUUCAAAAUGGCUGCAGAAAUUUGCAUAAUUUAUGCAAAUUUAGACUAUAUAUUAUAUAUACUUUCACUUUUUUUAAAUUUACACAUUUGGAUUGAAUUAUUUAUGGUAUUGAAUUAUCAUCUCUGCUACAUUAAGCUCCUCCUGCAGCCACUUCAAGACAUGAGACACUUGUGAUACCUAUCUUACUGGAAAUUCUUAUGGAUUUGAACUACCAUUUACCAAAAUCGCAAAUUAUGUGAUAUCUUAUUUUGUAUUAUUUAAGUUUCCUGGCUCAAAUUAAGCGUAGAAAUAAUUAAUUCACAUUAUAAUUAUCUCACAAAAACAUCCAAAUUGUGUCCCUUUAAAAAUUUAAAAUUGUUUUCUACAUAAUAUAAUAUUACAAAUAAGUGUAACGUCAGUUACGGUAACGUCAGCAACCAACCGAUCAUUAUAAAAAUGUUAAUAUCUUAUGAAAAAUUUAAUAAAUUUGUAAUCAUUAACCAUGUACUUCUAGUAUACUAAUGCAGUAUUCCAUGGCAUAAAACUCAACUUUUGUCUGUCUCUCGGACAUAAGAUAUUCAAAUUUGUUACCACACUCAUUUCCUCCACUAAAUCUGUACCACAAAUAGUAAAAUGUUUAAUUUGGUAUUCCUGUAUUUCACCCCCUUAGUACUACCAUCUCUAGCAAUAAGAAAAAAUUAGGUCUUUCCUAUUUUUAAUAUAAAGUGAGUAACAAUGUGAAUAUAAAGGAUAAAAUGAAACGUCAGUUACCGUGGAAUUCCCCAUUUACAUUUUUGGAUUUGUGCGGAUGUUUAGUCUGUCGAUAUCAAAUUCUCAAGCUGGGACUUAAAAUACUGUAGAGAAGGCGCACAUUGUUUAUAAGAGUGAAAAAGCUUUCACUACUCAAUUGGAUUCACCAUCCUAUAAAAGCCCUGUCCAGAUUAUCAAAUAUUAUUUGUCAAAAACAUGUGACAUGCCUAAAUAUAAGUCAUGAUGACAUCACAUCAUGACCAUAAAUAGGUGAAUCAUGACUAUAUAUGGGCAUACAAGUUUUUUUUUAGUAGACUGGAGGUGACAUUCACCAGUAGAUUUAUUUUUUUGACUUUCUUGGCUUAGAAAUCUGCCUUCUUAUUAUUGGAUUUGUCUUGAUUAUUACUAACCUUUUAUCCAUUUAUAAAAAUGUAAAUGUUAUAUUAUGUACACUGUUGUCAUAAAGAUUAAAGUUUACCUUAACAUAUAUUAUUAUGUAAAUGUUCAUUAUAGAUCAAACUUUACAUAAUAUAAUUAUAUUACAUUGAUUUUUAUUAUACAGAUCAAAAUUUACAUAACAUAAUUAUAUUUUAUAAAUAAAAAAUCAUUACUCUAUAUUAAAGUCAUGAUUAAUUACAUAAAUGUAUUUAAAAAUUUUUUUUUAGCUAUAUAGGUACAAAAUAUGGUUAAAUGGUUUAAAUCAAAAGUAAUGAAUGUUUUAAAAAUGAAAAAGACUAAGUAGAAAAGUUAUGGUAGUCUAUAUUAAUACUGUAUUAAAACAAGUACUAGUUUUAUUAAAUAAAAGUUUAUUAUUUUAAUGUUAUUAAGUCAAUUAAAUGUUAAAUAGCAGGACUAAAACUGAAAUAAUUUAAUUUUGCUAUAAAUAUUUUAUAUCUCAAAAAGAAUUUGAAAAAUAAUAUUGAUGGUAUUAAUAUCAUGUAACAUAAUUAGAAAUCAAAAUAUCUUGUGUUAAAGUGUUUCUAAUUUUACAACCCCUGUAAGCACAUUUUAUAGGCUUAUGUCUAUUAUUCUUUGGGAAAUGGACUUGCUUAUAUCAUGUCUUCAAAAUAUUUCUUGAAAAACAAAUGUAUUGUAUAUAUUAACUUACUAUACAGUACGUGUUGUUUAUGAGGUAGUCAACUAAUUUGUAGAUAGUUGAAUGUCCAUCUGUCAAGUUUUCUGAGACAAAUAUCCUUAACUUGCUCAUAUAUGAACAGGAUGAUGUCAAUUUGAAAUCACAGGUAUUUGUCAUAGGAACUUUAAUAGCAUGGAUAGCGCUUUAGUCAAUAGGAACCAGUACAAUUCUCCAAUAUUGCUUUUAGUCAUUAAGAACCAGUACAAUUUCCAAUACGUGAAGAAUGUUUCAUAUAGAGUGGGGAUUGAUAGUCGCAUGACACAGUUGACGUAUUUGGUCAACGACAUGUUGAAUCCUAAUGUAAGUGAUGGUUGGAUAUAAUGUAGACCUGUUCAUUCAACAUUUUACAAUGUGGUCAUUUUGAUUAUUAGAAAUUCUUUUUUAUUUAUUACAGUAUACUUCAAUAACUUUAAUUCAUUAAAUAGUUCUAUGUUAAAAUUAUACAUAACAAGGAUUUAAUGCCAUUAUAUUGUACAAAUAUCAUGUUUUAUACUCAAUAAAUAUACCAAUAAUUAAGGACAAUGUCCUUGCUUAUUUUUACAUACUUGCA